AUGAAUUGUAUUGAUGCGAAGAAGGUGCAGUUUGGUACACACAUGCUCGAGAAGGAAGCCGAAGAUUGGUGGGGUAACACUGCUCAGAGAUUUGAUGAAGAAAAGGAUGUCCAUGGAAAGAAAAAGGGGGAAUUUAUUGAGUUGACGAAAGGUAAUGGUACCAUAGCGGAGUAUGCUGCGAGAUUCCAAGAGUUGAUUAAGUAUCAUCCCCAUUACAAUACUAUGAAUGCUGAGAGUAAGGAGAGUAGUUCCUACUACAAGUCUUUGAAUGAUAAGAAAGGCAAAGGGCAAUUCCGUGGGAAUCCGUAUGUUGACAAGAAGAAGCAAUCUGGUUAUGGCAAGAAGUCGAGUGGGGGAGGAGCUUCUACUCCAGUUAAGUGUUUCAAAUGUGGUAUGGAAGGACAUCGUGUUGUUGAUUGUUCCAAGGUUGAAGUGACAUGUUUCAAGUGUGGCAAGGCUAGUUACAAGGCAAACAAGUGUGGAGUUGGUUCGAGUGUGACUUGCUACCAUUGCGGUGAGCAAGGGCACAUUAGUACCAAGUGUGACAAACCAAAGAAGGAGCAAGCGAAAGGGAAGGUGUUUGCAUUGUUUGGUGCCAAGACCACUACUAAUGAUAGGCUAAUCCGAGGUACGGGCUUUAUUAAUGGUACACCUUUGAUUGCUAUUAUAGAUACCGGUGCAACAUAUUCUUUCAUUUAUUUGGAGUGUGCCAUGAGAUUCGAUCUUGUUUUAUCUGAUAUGCGUAGAAGUAUGGAGGAUGUGUUUUUAUCUGCUAAGCAAGUGGAUGAAUCUGUGAAAGAUGGUGCUGAGUUGUUUAUGUUGUUGGCAAAUUUGGGUGUUCAUGAGAAGAGGAAAAUUGAAGAAUUACCAAUAGUUUGUGAUUUUGCGGAGAUUCGUGUGAAGGCGGAGAAUAUUCAUAAAACUGCUUUUAGAACGAGCUAUAGACAAUAUGAGUAUUCAAUGAUGCCGUUCAGUGUGACUAAUGCACCAGGUGUAUUCAUGGAGUAUAUGAAUAGGAUCUUUCAUGAUUAUCUUGAUAAAUUUGUGGUUGUGUUUAUCGAUGAUAUUUUGAUUUAUUCCAACAGUGAAGACGAUCAUGUUGGGCAUUUGAGAAUUGUGUUAUCGGAGCUUAAGAGAAGAUUCACAACUACUCCUAUUUUGAUUCUGUCGGAUCCGUUGGAACCGUUUGUUGUGUAUUGUGAUGCUUCUUUGAUGGGUUUGGGAGAUGUGUUGAUGCAAAAAGGACAAGUGGUAGCUUAUGCUUCAAGGAAACUUAAAGUGCACAAGUGGAAUUAUCCAACGCAUGAUUUAGAGUUGGCUGCUCUAUGUUUGGUUCCCAGUGUACAAAUACCUGCUAAAUUCAAGGUCCCUGACUUUGAGAAGUACAAAGGUAGUUCUUGUCCACAAAGUCAUCUCGUGAUGUAUGCCAGAAAGAUGUCUACUUAUGCAGAUAAUCAUCAGUUGCUUAUCCAUUACUUUCAAGACAGUUUGACUGGUGCCGCACUGAAGUGGUACACAGGCUUGGAUAGCACUAAUAUUCGAACAUUCAAUGACCUAGGUGAGGCCUUUGUCCGACAAUACAAGUAUAACUCGGAUAUGGCUCCAGACAGAGAUCAGCUUCGGUCCAUGGCUCAGAAAGAUCAUGAAGCUUUCAAAGAGUAUGCCCAACGAUGGAGAGAAACUGCUGCUCAGAUUAAUCCACCGUUAAAAGAGAAAGAGAUGACAAAGAUCUUCUUGAAUACUCUCAGUCCGUUUUAUUAUGAACGCAUGAUUGCUAGUGCUCCAAGUGAUUUCACCGAAAUGGUAAACAUGGGGAUGCGUCUAGAAGAAGGAGUCCGAACCGGACGUCUGACUAAAGAAGGUGGAUCUUCGAGUGGAACCAAAAAGUUCGGAAGUGGUUUCCCAAAGAAGAAAGAACAAAGUGUUGACAUGGUAUCCCAAGGGAAGAUCAUUUGUCUACCUGGACCUGUUCCUUAUGACUCUGACAAGGCAGUUCCAUACAACUACAAUGCAACAAUGAUAAAGGAUGGACAAGAAGUUCCUUUACCAACUCUCUCAUCUGUCGUAAACAUCGCUGAUGUGAGUCGAGUAACAAGAAGUGGACGUGUGUAUACUCCACUACCUCCAAAGCAGCCUGUUGCUCCUGCAACCGGACAAAAUCCUGUCAAUACACCAGUGGGGAAUCCUGUGGAAACUCCUGUCAGUAAUACAAACACUGAUGUUGGUCAAUCCAGUGGAACCAAUGUCAAUCCAGACUUUGAUGAAAUUUUGAAGCUUAUCAAAAGAAGUGAAUACAAGAUUGUGGAUCAGCUUAUGCAGACUCCUUCAAAAAUCUCAAUACUUUCAUUGCUUUUAAACUCAGAAGCCCACAGGGAAGCCCUGAUGAAGGUCUUGGAUCAAGCUUUUGUAGAUCAUGAUGUGACUGUUGAUCACUUUGAUGGGAUAAUAGCCAACAUAACAGCUUGUAACAAUUUAAGCUUCUGUGAUGAAGAACUCCCCGAGGAGGGUAAAAAUCACAAUCUUGCUUUGCACAUUUCUAUGAACUGUCAGUCAGACUCUUUGUCCAAUGUGUUGGUAGACACCGGAUCUUCCUUGAAUGUGAUGCCAAAGACGACUCUUGCUCGCUUGUCUUACCAAGGAAUGCCUAUGAAGUUCAGUGGUGUAGUAGUCAAAGCAUUUGAUGGAUCGCGAAAAUCUGUUAUCGGCGAAGUCAACCUUCCCAUGACAAUUGGUCCACAUACAUUUCAAAUCACCUUCCAGGUCAUGGACAUUCAAGCUGCUUAUAGCUGUCUGUUAGGACGACCAUGGAUCCAUGAAGCAGGGGCAGUAACUUCUACGCUCCAUCAAAAGUUAAAAUUUGUAACAAAUGGAAAAUUGGUAACAAUAAGUGGAGAACAAGCCUUGAUGGUGAGCCAUUUAUCCAAUUUCUCUUUCAUCGGUGCUGAUGAUGUGGAAGGAACUCAGUUCCAAGGUCUCUCUUUAGAAGACGAAUCUUCCAAGAAGAAAGCAUCGAUCUCUUCUUACAAAGAGGCAGUAAAAGUAGUGAAAGAUGGAACUACCACUGGCUGGGGGCAAGUUGUGAUCCCGACCAAGAAUGAAACUAGAGCAGGACUCGGAUGUUCA